AUGGCCAAAUCAACGAUUUACACACCAUCUCAUGAGAGAGAAGCCGAUUGCUACAAAGUACACGAUCUUUUAUGUGCCCCUGAUGCAAAGAAAGCAUUCGGAAAUGAUCGUUGGUUCUCAGCAUCUUCAAGCGCAGAUGUCUUUGAUAUGCGAGGCACCUGUGGAGGUACGGAACUACUUAAUUCAAAGAUAUUUGGAGCGUAUAUUAAUACUAAGGAAGUCAUGCGGUACAACCUCGGUGAUCGGCAGAUUCUUGCUAUGCUAGAGGCUUGUUUACCCAAUCCAACUACCACACAAUCCUUAGAGUUUAUUAAUCUUAUACUCCAUAUGAUGAGCAGGAAACGUCCCGGGCAGACACGGAAGCGACGUUACAGGAGAGGAUUUAUCGAUGAGGUUCAAGGUGACCUAGACCGUCUCAAGUGCACUUCCGAGCUGCUACAGGCCAUCUUUCAAACAUAUUGCAUCUCAUCCCGAGUAGCGAGGCUUUUGGAACGGCAGCAUAUGCCUGGCCGAGUUGUGCAGUAUGAUCCCAUCACCCAGAAACCCAUCCACCACCAGUUUUGGUAUUCGACUAUCCUCCGUUUAAACGAAAGCAUCACAUCCUUAGACUCAUCCAAAUCUGUAUUAGGCUGGAAGCGUCUCUGCGUCUGGGUGGGCCGCAAUUUAUUUGCUGGAACCACGAUCAUGCUGGUGCUGAGAUGUCCCAAAGAUAUGAGAGCUGAGCUUAUAUCAAGUUUCAGUGAUAAAGGUGAAGUUGUGAUGCGGCAGCCCAUGCUGCUACACGCAUUCUUUGCGCAGAAUUCCCUGCAGAAAGCGGAUAAGUUCACAGAGACCUGGGCUGAUCCUAUAUAUGAGUGGGAGCAAAAGGUCGAUGACAAUGGCUCUACAUCCGUUUUCACAGCUCGGACUAGGGUUUUCCUAACGCUCGCACGCCAGAUCACCCAAGUAGCAACUGACUAUGAAAUCCUCGGUCCCGCUCUUCACCACCUCAAGACUGAGUACGAAUGGAUAGCCGCUCAGUCUAACGAUGAUCAUUUGGAAAUGGACAACUCUUCGGCUGGUGUAGACAACUCGGAAUUAAAAGAUGUUUGGGAUGUCUAUAUCUCCGAGCUUCAGCUUCUCAAAGCAUACGCAAAGCUAUACGAGACUAGAACGCAGCUCGCCAUUAACGAGUGUUUUGCGAUGGUCAACCAGCGAGACGCUGAGUUAAAUAUCCAGAUGGCCAGAGAGAGUACGCAGAUUGCGCGAUCAAGCCGUGAUGAUGGACGGUCACUUCGCACAAUACAGAUUCUCACGAUGAUCUUCCUUCCAGCAUCAUUAUUUAGUGGCAUCUUCGGUAUGGGCUUUUUCAAUACCGACACCGAUGACAAUGGGAAUAUCAGGUUCUCGGUUAGUAGCAACUGGUGGUGGUAUCCAGCGCUGACUAUACCGAUGACGGCGGUGACAAUGCUCACUCUGGUUGGGCGAAAACUGGGCGAGAAAUGGAAAACAAAUAAACGUGCAACUGGUCAUUUUCAGAACCCCGGGGUUGGCUGCUGA